GAAGCCAAACUUUAGUUAUACUUAAACCGGCUCCAACUAUGGGCGCCUUAACGAUUUUCGUGUUUUUUUCUGCAGCAGUGACUGCUGCGCUUGCCGAAAAAGUGGUGGUUUGUAAUUACGAAACCAAAUCACGUUUAAGAGAAGGACAAGGAAAAUUUGACUUAAAUGCUCUCGAACCAGCCUUACAAUAUUGCACCCACUUAAUUUACGGCUACGCAGCGAUUAACGACGACACGUUGAAAUUGGUGCCCCUAAAUGAACAAUUUGACGUUAUUAAAGACAAUUACAGGCAUGUAACAGACCUAAAACGCAAAUAUCCUAGAUUAAAAGUACUGCUGUCUGUGGGAGGAAACGAGGACGUCAGCGGAGAAGACAGCGAGAAAAAUUUGAAAUACAGACAAGUCUUGGAAUCAUCAGCUCAUCGUUUAGCUUUUGUCAAUUCCGCUCAUACUUUGGUCAAAGGUUUUGGAUUUGAUGGUGUCGAUUUGGCGUGGGAAUUUCCUGAAACUAAACCAAAGAAAAUCAAGAGUGGAUUUGGUGCUUUCUGGAGUGGCCUUAAACAUAAAAUUACUGGUGAAAAUGUAAUAGAUGAAAACGCUGAACAACACAGAGAACAAUUUGUAUCACUUGUUAAAGAACUCAAAGGAGCUUUUAGACCGGACAAUCUACUGGUUUCGCUCACGGUACUUCCAAAUGUCAACAGCACAGUUUAUUACGAUCCCAGAGCGCUGGCCCCCUUUUUGGACUUGAUUGUUCUCCAUGCUUUCGACUUCUACACUCCAGAUCGUAAUGAAAAAUUGGCCGAUUUUCCUUCUCCUCUGUACGAGCUCAUUGACAGAAGGAAUGAUGAGAACGUUGAUUCUUGGGUGAAAUACUGGACGAGCAAUGGCGCUCCAGCCAAUAAGCUGGUACUAGGCAUCCCCACAUAUGGCAGAACCUGGAAAUUGGAUAGUGACACCUCAUCAGUUGACUCGAUUCCUCUAACUGACCUUGAAGGUCCAGGAGAUCCUGGCCCACUCACCAAAGAAGCUGGACUUCUCAGCUAUCCCGAAAUUUGUACCAAAGUCGAGCAACCAUCAGGCGUCAAAGGCGGGUCUUCUCCAACUCAGUUCAAAAAAGUCACGGAUCCCACCAAAAGAAGGGGGCCGUACGCUUAUCGUUUGCCCGAUGAAAAUGACGAAGGAGGCAUCUGGAUUGGCUAUGAGGAUCCAGAAUCUGCCACAAACAAAGCUGCGUAUGUUAAAAGCAAAGGCCUAGGUGGAAUUGCCGUGGAUGAUUUAACUCUAGAUGAUUUCAAAGGAGUUUGCGGACACAACAAAUACGCCAUAUUAAAAGCAGCAGUUUCAGUUCUAUAGCUGAUAAGAGAGAUUGCUAUUGUGUUGAAUAUAAAAAUGUAAUACACAUGCCUAUAAAGUUAUGCUAGUCUAAAAUCAAAUAAAUAUUACUAAUACCUACAUAA